AUGUGGAGGUUUUUCUGGAGAACUGAAUUCGUCUGACUGCACUGCUCCAGAUGUGAGGUUACAUGGAGGGAGGAUCAUGAUGUGGGGUUGUUUGUGGGGUGGAUUCUCCCUGACCUCCGGGUCUUUGGGAUGAUUGAGAAGAAAGACCCCCCCCAUCCCCCAUCAGGAUCUCAGCUCACCAAUGGGCUUCAAACAUCUCCAUGAACAGAACCGUGGAAAGUUCAUGGAUGUGAACAAAAAGCUGCAUUUGGUUUGAGCCAUAACGACUACUUUCAUCAGCAGCUUUUACUGUAUUAGACCAGGGGUAUUUGCUGGGGAUGGGAGGGGAAGGGGGGGGCAAAUGGCAGCCAAUGUGAAAAGAAUCAACAAAAUAAGAGCAGAAAGUCUUCUGUUGGUUUUUAUGAAUGCAGCUUUUCUUCAAGAAUGAAAGCAUCUUUGAGUACCCCUCCUCCUCUUCCUCCUCCUCCUCCUCUUCUUCCUCCUCCGCUUUUAUGAAUGAGACAGAAACGCACACAGUGAUGUCAGCAGGAAGGACCUCCUCCUCUGAUGCGGGAAAAUCCUCACGAUCAGAGAAACGCUCCCCACAGGUCUGUCGGCCGCCCCGCUCAUCCUGCUGGAGACAAACAUCCCCCAUCAUCCUCCUGCCUCCUCUCCCUCCCCAGACCGAGGAUGAGUAAUCCAAGCAGGGAAGGAGGGGGGGCGAGGGAGGUGUAGGCACGCUGGUAGAGACGGUGAGAGAAGGAGGAGACCAUUGCAUCAUCAUCAUCAUCAGCGAACGUGCAAAAGCAGAGGGUGAAAAUUCAAAACACUCCCAGCUGCAGAGCUCAGGCUGACUGGAACAGACUAAUUCCUGGACGGAUGCUGCACAAGGAGACGGGGAGUCAGCUGAAGACAUGAAUCUGUUCCUUUUUGGAUCAGGCUAAAGACCGGAGCUUGAAACUGACAGAAAGACUGGGGACUCUUUCCUCCAGUGACCCUGACUAAUCUCUGGAAACGCUAACUGACAAGACUUCUCCUUCAGGAUCAGAUCAGACUAAUUCAUGGAGGAAAGGCUGACAGGAUCAUCGUUUGAAUGGGUGGAGGUGGCUUCUCUCCGGCCGUGACUGUCUUCUGAUGCCUCUGAGAGUGGGUCCUGGAUAAUAUCUGGAGUCAGUGUUCUAUAACAGCAUCCCACUGCCCUCCAUCUCCCUGUGCUGGGACUCCCCCGUGGUACCUGGAUAAUCUCCGGAUCAGUGUGUCUGGCAUGUUCUGCUUCUGCCUGCAGAGUUCACUGCUAAAGCUCCAGGCUCUGGAGGUGGAGGGGGGGUCCUCACUAGGACCGUCCCCGGAGGAGAGCCCCCCUGCUCUGGGCAGCAAGGAGCAGAAGAGCCUCUGCGCCCCGGCAGAGCUGGUGGGGAGGGAGGUGAGGACGAAAGCUGUCUGCCACAGCAUCCCUGCAGAUGAAAACAACCCCCCAGAGCUGCUGACCGUCCUCUCCAGACCUCCGCAGUCCCCCCGGCAUCAGCCCCUGACCCCCAUCCACCCCGGCCAGCAGCCCCUGACCCCUGAUGGAGUUCUGCCCCCCAGCCCUCACCUCUCCCCACAAAGGAGCAACCCCGGAGGCGACUGGGGAGGGGGGGACGUUUCCGAGGAUGGAGGAGGAGCCCUCCUCCAGCUGCUGUCAGGACUCUCCAGCCCCCUGCCCUCCCCCCGCUGCUCCAGCCACAGCCUGAGGUUCAACUCCGACCCAGACGCAGCUCCGUCCCCCCCCUGUAGCCAGCAGUACAUCCAGUGUCGGGGUCGAGCGGACAGGACUGAAGGAGAGGAGGAGUGCCCCGCCUCCAUCCCCUUCCUCACCAAACAUAUCCAGAGCCUGAAGAGGAGGGUUCGCAGGUUCGAGGAUCAGUUUGAGCAAGAGAUGAACUACAAGCCGUCCUACAACGACAAAUACUCCAACCCGGAGAUGGUCAGAGUGAUGAGUGAACUGGCAAAGUCCCGUAAGCAGCUGAAAGAGCUGAGACUCAGGCAGUCGGUGUUCGAGCCAUCUGAGGAGGAAACAGCCGACGGCGGCAGGUUCGGCCAGCGAGGCGCGGCAGAACACCCUCCCACUCUGGAGGAAACGGUGGAGUCUCUGUUCAGACGGCUGAAAGAGAAGAGGCAGUCUCUGGGUCUGCCCGACAACAUGAAGGAGAUGACGCAGGCUCAGAUGGUGCUGGAGAAGAUCACGCUGCAGAAGUGUCUGCUGUACUUUGAGAGUCUGCAUGGUCGACCGGGAACCAAACGGGAGAAAAACCUGGUGAAGCCUCUGUACGACCGCUACCAGAUGAUCAAACGCUUGCUGUGUGUCAGCCCCAUUUUCAGCACCAUCGAGGAAGAGGACGGUUCUGACGAAGACUCCACAAGCUCCCCCCUGGGGGAUGAGCUUCCUGUCCCACCCCCCAGCAAAGUGUCUCGGUCGGCAGCCGGUGAAGAGGACAGCGAUCGAGACAGCGACCCGGCCUUCGUGUCUCCAAUCGAUGAAGUAAAAGCUGUACGGAGACAAGCUGCUGUUACUACAGCGAAGCUGCACGAAGCGUCCAGGUCUCAGCUGCUGGAGUGUCUGCGGGAGACCCGAGCAGAGAAGAAGUCCAGGCGCAAAGUUCUCAAGGAGUUUGAGGACGAGUUCUUCCGUCAGACCGGACGGAUCUGCCAGAAGGAGGACCGAAGUCCAAUGAAGGAGGAGUACCAUGAAUACAAGCAGCUGAAAGCAAAACUGCGCUUGCUGGAGGUCCUGCUCAGCAAACAGGAGACCCUGUGAGGAAACAGGACUUCCUUCCACAUCGUCUGAACAGUGAGCCCAUCAUCCUCCUGCUGUUCUUCUACCAUCAUCCUCUCACCAUGAACUAGUUUUCUGCCUUCCUUGAUAAAGACUUUGAAUGUGUCUGAGUCCAACUGAGAGCACUUUAAUCCGCCAGCGAGAAAAACAAAGGCCUCCAAUACGAGACCCGUUCUUCCUGCAAACCAUGAACCUCCCAGAGACGUUCACUUCAAACUUUAUCCAGAUUAUUGUUUAGGGGAACGAUAUGAGAUUAAUGAGAAGAAAAAAACAAAGGAGUAAACAACUCAAAGACCAAUGCUAACGGUCAGAUUCUGGAAGAGUUUUGAGGAUUCUGGCAGAAUCUGGCAGAAAAAAGAACAAAACCAUUUGAACUUUUUAAAAAACCACAUCUGACAUAAAAUGAAAGAUUGUGCCAUUUUUUUUAACAGAAACUGAUAGAAUAUUGUCCUGAUUUAACGUGCAUGCCUCUUAUUUCUAUGAAUCAAUUCUGAUUUUCUAAAGUGCUCUUGAACAAUAGUUCUGCAAAAACUUUCUUUUCCGACUUUAGCUCUCUUUCCUAACAAUUUAUUUCUGUUUUUGUACAAUAACCAUAGAAAUGUCCUUAGAGAUCUUUUGUUUCAAACAAAUCUGAACGACAAAAGUCAAAGGAGACAUUUGGUAAGUUUGUGCACCAAGCAGGGGAUUUCUGAGGUGACUGCUUCUUCAAAUUGUAGAAUAAUCUCCAGGUUUCUUUAUAUUUACUCAACCAUUUUCCUCAAUCCACAUUUUAUCUGAUAUUUUUGAGCUGUAACUGUCCUGCAUUUAUAGGGAAAGGCUUCAGGUCCACCAGAAUUUGUCUUUAAAGUCACAUCAUCUGAUGAAUUGUGUCUCUUUAAGGUCUAAUUUGACAUUUGUGCCUUCGUUGACUGAAGCAGCUUGGGGUUAAAGUCAAACUUUUACACCAGUUCUGAAGCUGAAACAGUAACAUUUCCAGUGUAAGAUUUUCUUUUUGUUAUAAAUGCUGCUUCCUGCAAAAAAAACCUCCAGACUUUUUUCUGUUGGGUUUGUAGGUAGGCUGGAAAGAAAUCCGCUCUAAAAUCAAAACAUUUCCUUCUCAGUUUUUCAUAAUGGUGGGGAAGUCUCAUUCAUAGAACUGAAUUAGUGUCCAUAAAUAUUGGAAAAUAAAUGUAAUAACAGUUAGCCAUGUGAGUGUUAGGGCCACCAUGAAACUAAAUAAAUGAAUGACAAUAAGCUCAACAAUUUACAAGAAUAAAGUUGUUUAAUUAUGAGGGAAAAAAUGUUUACAUUUUAUGAGACUAAAUUUAUCAUUUCAUUAGUUAUUAAUUGAAUAUUUAUGAGAUUAAAGUCAUGAUAAGAAAAACUGUCACAUAAAUUUGGGGGGAAUCAUGUCUUUUCUGGAGGAAAAAGACAAAGUUGUAGUUGGACGGCUGCAGGGAUAUCGUUGGUUUCAUCAACGAUUAAUUCAGAGGGUUUAGUGGUUUCUCAGGAGACGCUGAGUCUGGUGAUUAAGUUUCUUGACCCACAAAGAGCGGUUUACCGACAGCAAAUCGUUUUCUGCAUUAUACUUGCAGAGGUCCAAAUGCAUCAUGGGACAUGGAUACCUAUGAUAAACUGAAACCUUAUGGUGUCGCCAGAAAUGGAUUGAUGGAUUUAGUUGACACCUAAUGUGGAUAGAAGCUUACUUUACCAAGUUUAUUAUUAAAACAGCAUAAGAUUUUUUCUUGUAGAACUCUUUUCUCAUAAAAUUACAACUUUUUCAGUUUUACUGCUGCAAUUUAAUAAGAUUGUGACUUCUUUCUCAUUGUUCUAUAAAUUGAUUCUUGUAAAUUUACAACUUUUUCUUAUAGUUUUACAAUUUAAAUCUCACAAAAUUACACCUUUAUUCUCAAGAGCUUACUAUUUUUUAUUCAUAAACUUUUGACUUUUUGUUCGUAAUGUUCUUUUCAUCUUUAUUCUAAUAAAAUUACAGCUAUUUUCUCAAAAUUUUACAACUCUUUUCUCAUAAACCUUUGACUUUUUUCUCGUGAUUUUAGGAUUUUAUGUUCGUCGUAUGAGUCUUUGAUUGCUCACUGUUUGACAGAGACAAAAAUAAUUGUAAAUUUUACAUACUUUUCUCUUGAAUUUAAAGUAAGCUCUACAUCUCUCACACCUAAACACAAUAUUGGUCCCUUAUUUGUGUUUUUGUUGCUAUUGUUCUUAGUAAGCAGGAUUUUGCCCAAAAUAUUUAUUUCUGUAAUCUCAUAAAUUUUCAAUUUAGAGUUUAUGAAAGUAUUUCAUUCUCAUAAAAUAUAGCUUCUUCUCAUAACUUUAUAACGUAAUUCUCGUAAUCUUUUCACUUUAUUUAACUUUUUUUUUGUGGUGGCCCUAAGACUUCAUCGUGUGACGGCUAAAAGUAAAGCAAACACAAAAAUAAUUUUAAAAGCAAUUUUAUCUUAAAAUCAAAGUAAAUCUGUGUUAGAGGUUGUUUUCUUUUUGCAAAGACUCCUUGGAAAAAUGGGGUAAAUUUAAUACACAAGUUAAAGAAGUUGUCUAAUAUUGGAUGCAACAUUUUUAUUUCUAAAAUGCCGUUGGUGAAUGGAUAUUAUUGCAAAACCAGCCACCUUGUUGUUACCCUUUGAACUGAUUGGUUCAGUCGGGGCGUAGAAGUGUUUCCCCCCAAGAGGAAACUAAAAACCAAUUUAAGAAAAAUUCAAAAAUUUAUAAAAAUAACAUUCCAAAAUUGUCCAAAGCUGUCACAGUCCAAAGAAAAACACGUCAUAGAAUCAGAAUUAUGUGAAAAGACUAAUAUGUGACAUACAUGUAUGCAAUACCAAUUCUGUGCAUUUCUAAGUCUUGACCUGGUUGCCACCCAGUGAGAGAAAAUGUUUAAAAGCUGCCAAAAAUUGUGUUUUUGAGAUAAUCAGCGAUGGGGUCAUGGAAGAGUCAGAUUAUUUAACCCAUCUGUUAAAAAAUUCUGUCACAUCUUGCUCGAACUGCUGCUGUUGGAUUUUGUGAGCUUUAUUUUGAAGAGAUGGGCCAGGAAGUUGAAGCAGAGGGCAGGACAUGAGGUAAAUGGUAACAGACCAGGUUUCAAAUCUUGUGCCCAAAUAUGUAAUUUAUGAAUGUGACUGGAGAAAGGUCUGCCUGCAGUUAUGUAAGAGCACUUUAGGCCUAAAAACGAAUCCAAAGUGUUGCACCAUGUGUACUGAUAAGGAGAUGAGAGCAAGGAGUUUGUGGAAACACAAUCAGACUGAACUGAGUAAGUCCUGUCCAGCAAAUGUGUCUGUUAUGGGAAAGGAUUUUUAAAUGCUGCUGGGUUUAAUGAAAGAUCAUCUCAUGGCAGUUGCUUUUACGGUGCAGCAUGUUAUGAGUAAAACCUGUUUUCUUUGUGGUAAAGCUGAGAAAAAAAGAGUAGAUUAACAAACCCAACCACCAUCUGUGUGUUUGUGGAACCACGUGUAAAAAUAGACAAAACCUGAAAAGGUUCCCCAGCAACGCGAAGCAUGUGUCAGAUUUCUAGGACCAGGAAACCACCUCAUCGUGUCUGAAGAAAGUUUUAUAUUCUCCUGUAUUCCUGACAUCUGUUUUGUGUCAAGUGAAGUCCCGUUGAGGUUGGGCUCUCUGUCGGAUUCAUGUUCCAGAGCGCUGAAGGCCGAGUGCAUGUCUGUGUUGAUGUGGUGCUGUUGUUCCUGCCACCGUGACGAUGACUUCCCUGUGAUGUGCAAUCCUGGUUAAACUGAAAUUUCUAUACGAAGUUACAAUAAAUAUUUUUGCUAUCAAAACUU